AUGAAGUGCAUCGCAGCUGUAGUCAUGAUGGCCUUUGUUGCCUCUGCUUCUGCCGGAAACAUCGCCUUGACCGCUCCCUUGGCCUAUUCCGCACCUUUGGCCUACAAUGCCCCAUUGACCUAUGCCGCACCCGCUCCCUUGACCUAUGCCGCUCCCUUGGCAUAUGCCGCACCUGCACCAUUGGCCUAUACCACCACGAAAGUUGUUGCUGCCCCAAUCGCGCCAAUUGCUUACACUGCUCUUCCCGGAGAAGCUAAAUACACUGCCUUGAACCGCGGUGCCCUUCACGAAGCUCCCCUCCCGGGACACUCAUUGUCUCAAACAUCCUUGAACUUGGCUCCAGCUGCUAAUCUAAUUAACCUCAUCAUCGUAUUCAUGACGACACUGAUAUGGAUUUCAACAAUUGAUCCUACUUUCGCCUUCGCCAUGGUCAUAAUUGAGAUUGUUGUCCUCUACCUCAUUCUUUGUGUCAAUUCCUACUAUCUCGAAAUAACGGAAAAUUCCUCAACGUCAUUCAUCAAUAAUGCUGAUUAUGAGGAGCGCAUUAAAAGUGGUUUCAACUAUUCAAAGCAAACAAAACUAAACUUUAAAAAAUCCAACAUGAAGUGCAUUGCAGCUGUAGUCAUGAUGGCAUUCAUUGCCUGCGCAUCCGCCGGAAACAUUGCUCCUCUCGCUUAUAGCAGUGGUUUGGCUCUUCCCGCUGUCUCUCAAUACUCCUCGAUUCCAGCAUCAACGUUGAUUGCCUCCCAAUCUCUUCCGAUCUUGACCUACAAUCGUCCAUUGGCAUACAUUAACAAGCCAGCAAUCUUACCACUUGCUGCCCCCCUUACCUAUAACCGUCCAUUGGUUUACUCGAACCUCAUUGCAACUCCCAAAAUCAUUGCAGCUCCCAAGAUCAUUGCUCCUGCCCCAAUCACAACUUACACUGCCAUUCCUGGACAAGCUAAAUACACUGCCUGGAACCGCGGAGCUCUUCACCAAGCUCCAUUGCCGGGUCAUGGAUUGUCUCAAACUUCAUUGAACUUGGCUCCUGCUGGAUCAUGGUAAAAAAUAAAAGUUAACCAGUGAUUUUUUUUCGAGAAAAUAAAAGAUU